AUGAAGUCCUUCUUUGUUGCAGCGGCGCUGGCCGCGUCUGCUGAGGCGCACUACAUCUUCAACAUCUUGAUGGUCAACGACCAACGCAUGGGCGGCGAGUACACCUACGUCCGCCGCAACAGCAACUCGUACAUGCCGACGUUCCCCGACAUCGUGACCAGCAACGACCUGCGCUGCAACGUUGGUGCCAAGCCCGGCGGCGGCGUACAGACGGCCACGGUCAAGGCGGGCGACAAGAUCGGCUUCAAGCUGUUCAACAACGAGUUUAUAGAGCACCCCGGCCCGGGCUUCGUUUACAUGUCCCUCGCCCCCAACGGGGUGGCCAACUACGACGGUUCGGGCGAUUGGUUCAAGGUGUACGAGACCGGGCUCUGCAGGGGCAACGCGGCGUCGGACGGAAACUGGUGCUCCUACAACAAGGACCGCCUCGAGUUUGUCAUCCCGCCCAAGACGCCACCGGGAGAGUAUCUCGUCCGCGUCGAGCACAUCGGUCUGCAUGAGGGGUUCAAGAACCGCGCCCAGUUCUACAUGGAAUGCGCCCAGCUCAAGAUUACGGGCCCCGGUGGCGGCACGCCCGGACCGUUGGCCAAGAUUCCCGGCAUUUACAAGGCCAGCGACCCCGGUAUUGCCUACGACAAGUGGAAGAGCAACCCCGCCCCGUACCAGAUGCCUGGCCCGGCGGUUUGGAACGGAAACUAG